GGUAGAACUGUGGUAUACGAGCCCGUAGAUGGGCAAUGCCAAAACGUAUGCUGCGACGGGCCUGGAGGCCCUAUUAAACUCAUACAGAACUGCAGUCCGUCUAGCGAAUGUCAAGGAUUUUCACCCGAAGAAAAAGAAGAGGAUGGGCACUGCCCUGGUGAAGAGAAAGGCACUUGUCAAUGUAACAAAGGUGACCGUCUUACACAAAGCAUGUAUUUGACACCAUUUGCUGCUGUUUUUUGACUAUGGCUUUAGAAUAACUUUGGCUACCCCAAACGGAUACAUUUAUGAAGAAGUGCAUGAGUUUAUUUUGUAGUGGGGCGUGGACUUUUCUUUCUUUUAGCAAUAGGGUGAUAACCUUUUUAAGCAACUGAAUCAAGGCUAAAAAUAUUAUAAAAUUUAAGGUUAAAGGAAGAGAAGAACUUUUACUAUAAUUUCAGGCUCCUGUAUUUGCGAAAGCUACGCUAAAGAACAAACCGUACUUACGUUUAACUAAAAGACUCUUAUAAUGACCCUUGAAACAACCACAAAUAUAAACAAAUAAAUGUGUGAGCACACCAUAAUGCGUGCUUUUAAACCACUGAGAAGUUACACUUUCAACGCGGUUAAGUUGCGCGGAUUAAUCAUUUUAAAAGAUUUGGUUUGGCAGUUCAACGGCGGGAGAGUUCCACGUUAAAAACUUUUCUUCGUUUUAUUCUGUGGUGCCUCUUCUCUUUUUCUAUACGUUUGCGAAUGGUAACCAGCCCUUUUAAUUUGGAGUAUGCUCAUCAUCACCGACGUUGCUAAAUAACAGCCUUACCUACCCGAUCUUAGCCUGCGAAUAAUCGUUUCAUUUCAAGUAGUGGUGAUGGGUGAAGCGAUCCGUAAGAGAACACGCGAGGGAGCGGUAAAGAUUUUCCUUCCUACCCCCUGACGCUCAUGUCUCCUUUUGCGUGCUGUUUGAUUGUUGACUCACGAUAUAUCUCCAAAUGGAGAACUUGCUCGCUGGCUAACUCCUAAAUUCAAUCCACAAAAAGAUACAUUUUUUCCAGUUGUGUUCAUAGUUUCAAUUUUACCAUUUAAUCGACAGCCUGUUCCCUUCAUUCUCCAAGUUUCGCCGUCCUCGCUGUGAUAACGUUGGUAUGGAUGUUCAGGUAAGUGAGAUUAUGCAAUGAGCAAGUUACAAUAAUGUUUUCUACUUCGAAAAAUAUUGAAAAAUAUCAGAGAACGAAAAUGACAUAUUGCUCUUGAUAACAAUGAAAACUGGUACACAUGUACUUAGAUAUUCUAGUUAUAAGCCAAGACAAGGAAUGACAGCAUGCGUAUCGUUUUCCAGUGGUCUUAUUAAAAAAUAACCUUAUUCGUUCUGUGCUCAACGUACUCAUUGCUUUCAUAAAACUAAAGCACGUGUCUCUUUCAUCAACAGGAUCAUAGUAUGUUAAAAUAACCGAAGGAGAAAACAAAGGUUCAGAAUUCACCGUCCUGUCUGCAACUGUUGAGCUAUCACAAGGAAAAGCAACUCACGCUGUUCGAAACUAGUUUUGUAAAA